AACUUUCGAUACACUUACCAUCUAGAUUUGAUACAAAUGAGAAGUCACAAAUUUUGUUCUUCGGUUCCUUUUUCAAUUUUUUUAAACAUUCCCCCGAGAAAGUCUAUAUUAUUGUUAUCAACUAAUAAUUGCAUUAUUUUGUCUUAAACCCAGAGGACAGAUACCGUUGACUGGUAUGUUCCCCGUCAACGGUUUAAACGGAAGAUCAACGGAGUCUCAACAUUUUCCAACAACCGCAGCCAAAGGAGGUCAGAAGAGUCAGCGAACCAGAACCCACCCUGUCGGACCGGCCGGUUCACCUGGUCGGGCUCGGGCUAGAGGAACUCUCCAGCUCAUUCUGUCUCUCUCCUCUCUCAGCCGCCAGACACGGAACCUCUCUCGUCUUCUCCUCUGAGCUGACUGGAGGUGAGGUGAGGUGAGGUGAGCUGACUCAGUCCCCACACGCCUCCAAAGGUCUCUCCUUUAUCUGCUUCCUCCAAUGCCAUUGAUUGAGGUUGAACCCUCAAAAGCAAGCUCCCUCCCUCCCCCAACAUCCAAUCUCCCAGCCUUCAACUCGAUGAAUCAGUCCCUUUCUUGAGGUACUGAAAUUGCAGAGAAUGGGCGGCAAUGGAAGGCACCGAUGGAAAAUCUCCUUCUCCCGCUCGUCGUCCCUUUCCCCCAAGUCCAAAAAGGGACCCAGAGAGCCGCCCCCCAAGGAGUUCCUCUGCCCUAUCUCCGACUCCCUCAUGUCCGACCCAGUCGUCGUCUCCACCGGCCAGACCUUCGAGCGAGUCUCCGUCCAGGUCUGCAAAGAUUUGGGCUUCUGCCCGGUUCUUGAAUCUGGGACCCGGCCGGAUUUCGCCGCCGUUAUCCCUAACCUGGCCCUGCAAUCGGCCAUCGCCAGCUGGUGCAAGAGCUCCGGCUCCGUCCACCCUCAGCCACCGGACUACAACUCCGUCGAGAAGAUUGUCCGUGCGAAGAUUCGGGAUGAAGUAGUUGCAGGCGGGCCGAUUCCAGUCUCGGAGAGGGAGUUGUUGAAGGAAGUGGCUGAGAACCCCCCGACGGUGAUUCACACACACGCCGCCAGCGAGCUGGGUCACCCGGUUGCAGACCGGUUCUGCUCGAGCUCUUCAUCGGAAGAGUCGGUCAUUGUGACGGCCGAGACGCCUCUGCCCCUCAAGACCCGGCCCUGCUGUUACUCCUCGUCGUCCUCGUCGUUGGAAUUCUUCGAUUUCGAGACCCUGAACCCGGCCCAAGUACGAUCCCCAAACACUAACCCGAACCCUGAAGAGGAGGAACUGGUCUUGAAGCUGAGGAGCAAUGAUGUGUUCGAGCAAGGAAAGGCGGUAAAUUCACUUCGGAGCAUAACCAAAACGAGACCUGAGAGCCGGGCGAGCCUCUGCACUUCGCGACUCUUGUCUGCCCUGAAGCCCCUUCUAAUCUCACGGUACGACUCCGUGCAGGUUGAUGCCAAUGCCUCGGUGGUAAACUUAUCUCUCGAGGUCUCGAACAAGGUCAAGAUUGUGCGUGCAGGUACCAUCCCGUACUUAAUCGAUGUGUUGACGGGGGGCUUCAGUGAGUCCCAGAGUCAUGCUGCUGGUGCUUUGUUCAGUUUAGCCCUCGAGGAAGAGAAUAAGAUGGCUAUCGGGGCUUUAGGUGCUCUGCAGCCUCUCUUACAUGCUCUGAGAUCGGAGAGUGAGCAAACUCGUAAUGAUUCUGCGCUCGCUCUUUAUCACUUGACAUUGGUGAACACCAACCGGGUCAAGUUAGUUAACCUCAAGGCGAUCCCCAACCUGCUGGAGAUGGUGAAGGUGGGGAAUUUAACGAGCCGGGUAUUGCUUGUUCUGUGCAACCUAGCUGCUUGCCCGGAGGGAAGAGCAGCGAUGCUUGACAGUAAUGGGGUCGAGGUCCUGGUCGAGUUGUUGAGAGAGAGUGAAGGGAAGGGUUUGGAAUCAACCAGAGAGAACUGUGUCUCAGCCCUUUUCACUUUGAGUCAAGGGAACUUCAGGUUCAAGUCGCUCCUGAAGGAGGCGAGGGCAGUGGAGUUGUUGAGGGAGGUUGAGAAAACGGGGAGCCAGAGGGCGAGGGAGAAGGCCAAGAGGCUGUUGGAGAUGAUGAGAGGGAGGGAGGACGUGGAGAGCCGUGAGAGCGUGGAUUGGGAGGCUUUCCUUGAAUCGGGUGAAGUGAGGCGGACCCGAUAAAUGGUAUCGUCACAUGUUGGAAUCAAUCGGACAAAAUUCUUGUGCAGUGUUGGUAAAUCGGUCGACGAAUUUCAUCUUAGUCUGUUCAUUCUGCAACUAAUGAAAUAGUGCCAGAGAAGCUGGUGAGUUCAACUCCUCCACAACACGUCCUUUAGUAAAAUCUGUUGAAACACGGAACUGGUAGAUGGACCGCAACAGUCUCGGUAUAAACACGGAUGUCUACGGUCCAAAAGCUAACUGUUGAUAAUUUUGCGAGGCUUUGUGUGUGUUAUGUGUGUAUAUAUUAGGUUGUCAGGGUAACUACGUAGUCGGGGAAUCGUUGUGUUCAGGUUUUGUUUCCGAGAAUCCGUAUGUCCCUGAAUUGAUCAAUCUGCUGAUGUUUUAAUCUAUACAGAGGGCUUUGUAAUGUGAUUUGUGAAUCUGUACAUGUGACAGAAUCAGUCUGAACAGAAGAAUGAUUUUUGAAUUCCUGGAAUAGCAUUUGGCUUGGGCUCCUCAGCUUUUCUUC